AGAUUAAAGAUAAACCAUUAACUCAGAGCAAACCCCUCAUCAUUUUCCAGUGCUGCUGCCUCUGGAAUCUCUCCCGACUUCCUCUCUUCAACCUCUGUUCAUCUUUGUCAGGAAUGGAUCAGUGUAUUGAAUCAAGAGCGUUGAAAGAAAGUUUACGCAGAGAAGCGGCCAUGAAGACGACCCCGCAGGUGUUGUAUGAUGAUGUAUUGUGUGGUGCCGGAGUUAAUGGCGUUUCAGGCGAGGACUUCUCCGUUGACGACCUUUUUGACUUUUCUAAUGGGGGGUUAGGAGUUGGGUUUGAAGGGGAAGAGGAGGAGGAGGAAGAGAAGGACUCGUUUUCUUGGUCUUCUCUAGAAAGAGUUGACGAUGAUAACUCAAAUUCCAGCAGUUUCUCCGGCACCGGAGAUUUUGAGUCCCUUUCGGCGGGAGGACUAGCCGUUCCUGCUGACGAUUUGGAGCACCUUGAAUGGUUAUCUCACUUUGUAGACGAUUCUUCAGCGUCGGAGCUCUCUCUUCUGUGCCCCGCCGUUACCGGAAACUCUCCGUCAAAGCGGUGCGAAGAAGAGCCUAGGCCGGCGUUGUUGAGAACUCCGCUAUUUCCGACGCCGCUUCCGGCAAAGCCCAGAAGUAAACGGCACAGAAGCAGCGGUCGUGCCUGGACUUUUGGGUCUCAUUCACCAUCUUCGUCUCCUUCCUCUUCGUCGUCCUCGUCUUCAACGUCUUGCUUGAUAUUCGCCAACACCUUUCACAACAUGGAGUCGUUUUACAGUCUCGAAAAGCCGCCGGCAAAGAAGCCCAAAAAGUCACCGUCAGCGGACUCUCAGCCGCAGCGGCGCUGCAGCCAUUGCCUGGUUCAGAAGACCCCACAGUGGCGAACCGGGCCACUCGGCCCAAAAACCCUCUGCAACGCUUGUGGGGUUCGUUUCAAAUCCGGCCGGCUCUUUCCGGAGUACAGACCAGCCUGCAGUCCAACUUUCUCCGUCGAAAUCCACUCCAACAGCCACCGGAAAGUCCUAGAAAUUCGGCGAAAGAAGGAGACAGCUGAACCUGUGUCCGGCUAACCAUAGAUACUUUCCACACGUUGACCCUAGAAACGGGCAAUCAGCCACGGGUUGGACCGGUCGGAACCGGUCCGGUCCAACUGUAAAUUUUGGUGAUCCGUUACACUUGUAGGCAGUAACGGAAUUUAGAGCGGUCCUAUUUUAAUUUAGUUUUACGUUUUUUCUUUAUUAUUUUACAUUCGCAGCUUUAAUGUAGAGUGAGAAGUUUUUAGACUUUUAAUUAUUAAAAAUUUUAAAA